AUGUACAAGUUCUGCCAGACUGUGAUCGAGGUGUUUGGCCCAGAGUACUUAAGGCAGCCAACCGCCGCUGAUACAGAGAGAUUGUUGGCGACCAACGCAGAUUCUCAACGAGGCUUUCCAGGCAUGCUUGGCAGCAUAGAUUGUUCUCACAAUGAUAUCAACGUGCUGCAGCGUUCUCCAGUCUUCGCAAGGCUUGCAGAAGGCCACUCCCCACCUGUCAACUUUGAGGUCAGCGGCCACCAGUACAACAAGGGAUACUAUCUAGCUGAUGGUAUAUAUCCUCAGUGGACAAUCUCGAAGCCCCAAGGUGAGAAGAGAAAGAGAUUUGCCCAAAUGCAAGAGAGUGCUAGAAAGGAUGUGGAACGUGCUUUUGGUGUGCUUCAAUCCCGGUGGGGUGUCGUUCGAAACCCUGCACUGUCAUGGGAUGAAAGGAAGCUUUGGGAGGUGAUGACUGCUUGUGUGAUCAUGCACAACAUGAUCGUCGAAGACGAGCGUGAUGAGAGUAUCUUCGACCAAGGAUUUGAUUAUCAAGAUGAAAAUAUUGAGCCCCUGCACCAAGACCCGGCCACAUUUGAACAGUUUGUCCAAUUCCACCGUGAGAUGCGUGAUUGGCACACUCAUUUGAAUCUUCAAAGUGACUUGGUUGAGCACGUGUGGGAUCAUAUUGGCAACCAAUAG